AUAUUAAAUCUCCCAGCAUGACAGUUGGAGAAAAUGGACAGCGGGACCAGAAUGACUGUUAUGGAGCUGUGUGAGGUGGAUGACGUGGCCACGGGUUUGGUUUUGGACCCUCUGCUUGGUUUCAGCACCCAUAAAAUGAACAUUGCUCCUUUACCUGAGACCCAGCAUUGGGAUAUUCUUAAAGAAACUCUGCUGAGCUUUCAGCAUACGCAGGAUUUUAACAAGACAUUCAAUGCACUGACCGCUGGGGAAUAUUUUAAUGCUGUGGGAAGCCAUCAUCAGGAACUGCUGAGGCAACAGGUCUAUCGCUACCUCAGUGCCUUCCUUUUGGACAGUGGUGUCAAGAUAGAGUCCACUGAUAGAUACUCUUGUGAGACAAACGGAGCGAAGGUAACCUCAACAAAGCACUGGUUUCCAGGACAGCGUAUUGAGGUCAUGCUGGGCUGCAUAGCAGAGUUUAGUCCUGCCGACAGUGCUGUGCUGAAGGCUGGAGUCAAUGACUUCAGCGUGAUGUAUUCCUUGCGCAGAAAAUGCGAUCAGCUCUGGCUCGGGCCUGCACGUUUCAUAAACCACGACUGCAACCCAAACGCCAAAUACGUUGCUUGCAAGUUUGUUGCUUAUGUUGACGUAAUUAGACCCAUCUCACCUGGCGAGGAGAUCACCUGCUGUUAUUGUCAAAACUUUUUUGGGGACGAAAAUGAAGCGUGUGAAUGCUGCACCUGUGAGAGGAAUGGAGAAGGUCACUUUAAACAAAGAAGGAAGCUACCUCAUUGUGAGGAAAAAAGGCUGAGACCAAGAAGUGAGGCUGGCACAGUGCACAUACAAAAAUUCACUCACACUAUUGAAAUAAAUAAGAGUGGUAAAAGUACAGAAGCUGAAAAAGAACAUUUUGUGCAAGAACUUCCACAUUCUCAUCUAUUUUAGUGCUCAUAAAUGAAAAUCUGGAAUUUUUUCAUUGGGUCAUAUUUCAAAGAUUGUUUAAGGUAUCAGGCUGAUUCUAAUAGUCAGUUUUCCAAUUUUUUACAUUAACAUUGUGAACACUUGUCUUUCUUAAACCCAUCUAAA